AUGGCAUAUUACCGAGCCAAUUACUUGAGUGAUACAUAUGCUAUUUCGCCACCGAUUCCAAAUCUGCAAAAACGUCAAGUGGGUGUCGCACUAGACUAUUCAAAGAUUGAUAUCCUCGGACGACCACAAGUUGUCUAUUCGUGGAACCGCAAUGUCCAUGAGAAAGACCUAGCAACAAAGACGAACUAUGCAGCACCGAAAUAUGAACCGAGGCUCUCGUCUUCUGAUGUUCUGAAAUUUUCGGCUGCCCAACGAACUACCAAGGCUUACAGGGACGGUCUUGAAUAUGUUAAAGCAGAGGAAGAUUACAGGAAGAAACAGAAGUAUCUUGAUUCGAUUACUCCAAGUAGACAAGGGAAUGCAUUGACCGUUGGAACGCAAAAUUCCCUUUCAGGAUUACCGAUUCCUGAUGAAUCAGGGCAUGUGUUUUCCUAUCCCGCAUCAGUGACUUCCCAAACGGGCUUAAUGUUUGAAGCACCACCUAAUGGAAAUGAGAUUCCAGCACAGCCACGUAAUGUAAAUUCUACUCCCCUAGAACCUGUAAUUCUAACAAGGGAGACGGAAAUUAGACGAGAUGCAGUUGGAAAUGACCGUGUCAAUCAUGGGACUGGCGCUGCUGUUCCAUUGGAUGCGAUGACAAUGUCCGAUGCUUAUAUUCCACCAAUUCCAGGCAGUUUCCCUGGCUUGACUCCAGAGGUUCAUGUGGAAUCUCCUCAAAUCGAUGCCUCCGUGGAAACAAUGCCUCGUAGUGCCGCACCAAUUCCGCAUGAUACAGUACUCCUGAAUGACCGCCAUGAUCCGUCUGGUGUAGCGGAUGUUUUAGAGAGAAACUCCGUCAAUGAAAAAUUUAUCCCGGUUCCUGCUAGAACUCCAUUUCACUUCAAAGGUAAGGAAGCAACCAUAUUAGCAGGUUCCAAAAGGAAAGCAAAUGCACCCCCGCCGAUUCCUCGGUUGAAUAAAAAGAAGCAAAAAACAGAGCCAGUAACUCCACCAUCAACCCCAUCACCUGUUGCUCCUCCACAUCCUCCGGAUGUGAUUUUUGCUGGAGUUGCUCCUCAUGGAACCAAAAGAAGACAGUACAAACAACCAGAUGAUAAGCAGACCACGGUAAAAAGACAAAGAAUAGAUUCUUCUAUACCCGAACGAGAGGAAGUAGAGGAAAUUAGAUUAACAUCCCCUGAAGAAGUUGAAAAACAUAUACGAGCCAAAAAUAGGAGAAAAGUCAAUUUUGCACCAGCACCUCCGAAUGUUGCUGUCAAUCCUCCAACGUUAGUACCGCUAACCGCGGACUUGGGAAGCGAAGUACGUCCACUCGCAAGAUUGCGAGGACAACGUGAAGCGGAAUAUGUUGUCCCUCCUGCACAAACACAAUCGACACUGCGUGUGGAACCUACAGUUCGAAGUAGAAGGAGAAAAGGAGCAGAGGAUGUCACACUUCCACCGAGGAAGAAACAGAGGAUAGCGUAA